AUGCUGAUCAUCGGGCUCACUGGCUCAAUAGCCACAGGCAAGUCAACUGUCUCAUCCAUUCUCUCUACACCACCCUACUCCCUCCCAAUAAUCGACGCCGAUCUUCUCGCCCGCAAAGUAGUCGAACCCGGCACCGCAGGCUACAAAGCGAUCGUCAACUACUUCGGUCCCAGCACACCAGACCUAUUAUUGGAAGAUGCGCCCACAAACCCGAAUGGAAAACCACUGAACCGACCGGCGCUGGGGCGGCGCGUCUUUGGUAGCACGGAAGAGCGCAAACGCGACCGACAAGUCCUCAACGGCAUCGUCCACCCCGCCGUCCGGUGGGAAGUCUACAAAGCCUUAAUCUACCAUUACCUGCGUGGCCAAUGGGCAGUCGUCCUGGAUGUACCGCUCCUCUUCGAGAGCGGGAUGGAUCUUAUCUGCGGAACGGUAAUUGUGGUUGGGGUCCACGAUCCUGAAAUCCAAACUGCGCGCUUGCGCGCCCGCGAUGCGCAUCUUACAGCCGAGGAUGCAGAGAACCGAGUCCGGAGUCAGGGGGAUGUGCGGACGAAAGCGACGCAGGCGGAGUUUCGGGGGACGACGGCGGCGCGUGGGGUAGUGAUUUGGAAUGAUGCUGAUAAGGCGGAGCUGGAGGUUGCGGUUAAGGGGGCUAUGGGUAGUAUUGCGGCGUCGAGUCCGAGAUGGUGGGCGUGGGCGUUGUUGGUCGUGCCGCCGGUUGGGGUUGGGGUUGCUGCUUGGAAUUUGAUUGUGAAUUUUGCGACGCAGAAGGGGUGGGAGAAGAAGAAGCAGGAAGAGAAGGCGAAGCUUUGA